AUGGACACCAGCUACUUGUCGCAACAAGUGACGACCAUCGUCGAGCGCUUGCAUGGCUUCUUCGAUGAGAUUGGAGUGCCCAGCCAUGAGCGCGACUCUAGAGAGUCUGAGCUCUUCUCCGCUCUCUCCGAAACACUCCACAACCAGCUCAAUCUGGUCGCAAAAGAGAAACAUGACUUGACCGAAGAGGCCCAGCGCCUGAUCAAGACGAUCCGUCAAAUGGAACGCUCGCUGGACGACAGCCGCCCAAAGGAUGAUUACGAAGCGGAGAAAGAUGGCUUGAAGGUCACAUUCCCAUUGAUGCACUGCAUAAAGAGACUCAAGGAGAAACACCACACAAUCGCAAAGCUCCAUCGCGAACGCUAUGAGCAGGUCAAGAAGCUCGUUGAGGCUCUGCAGUCCUACGCAUCUCAUCUUGAACCUUCGUUCGUCAAGGUCAAGCUCCCACCUACCUCCGCCAACGGCGAAGUCCCAUCCACAUUCGAUCUCUCCCCGACAUAUGUCUCCAAACUCGACAAUGAGUUUACACGAAUCUACGACGAGUAUAACAAGCGCAUUGCCGCCGUGUCACAAUACGCCGAGGCCAUCAUCAGCUUGUGGUCGGAACUUGGCACUCCUCAAGCACAGGUGGACAGUCAGAUCGUCCAAUUCGCACGGGACUCGCCUGAGCAGCUUGGACUACAUCAGGAUGACAUGAAGCGCUUAGCUGCGAAACAUGACAAACUGAUCGCUGAGAAACAACAGCGUGAGAAGAAAUUGAAAGAGUUGCGCACCACUGUUGAUGGUCUUUGGGACCGUCUGGGAGUGGAUGAGAGCGAGCGCAAGCAGUUCUUGGCUGCCAACCGCGGAUGUGGUGUGCGACAGAUCAACGAGUUUGAAGAUGAGCUCUCACGACUGAAUGAGCUGAAGCGCCAAAAUCUACACAUUUUCGUCGAGGAUGCACGAUUCAAGCUGCAAGAAUUAUGGGACGGUCUUUACUUCUCAGAGGAGGAGAUGCUCGACUUCACGCCUGCCUUUUCUGAUGUCUAUUCCGACGCACUGCUUUCUGCCCACGAGAACGAGAUUGCACGUCUAGAGGCUCUCGCUGCACAGCGCGCUCCGAUCAUUGCCGCUGUGGACAAGCACCGAAGUCUGAUCAAAGACCGCGAGGAUCUGGAGAAGAGCAGCCACGAUGCGUCGCGUCUCAUGCAAAAGGGUCAAAAGGGCGAGAAGCGUGAUCCUGGCAAACUGCUGCGCGAAGAGAAGAUGCGGAAGCGUAUCGCGAAGGACCUGCCCAAGGUGGAGGCCGAGCUAAGACAGACCCUCGAGGCGUGGGAGGACGAGUACGGUCGUCCAUUCUGCGUUCACGGUCAACGCUACAUCGACGAGCUGGAUGCCGCACAAGCAAAGGCGCCUCCACCACGAAGCAAGACGCCAAAUGCCAUGGGCUCAACAAGCGCCCCACGACCCAAGAGCGCAGGACGAGGUGCAGCCCAACCACAAUCUCAACCCAGAGCGCAGACCAUGCGUGGAGGUAACCCAACCAGGAGCAAGACACCGACCGGGAACCGCAGUCUUUUCUCCCACUCAAGCAUCCACGCCUCCAACCCACGCACCACCGCAUCAUCCUUCUCAUCCCACUCUUCUUCCCGACCCAUGUCCCGCGCCGGCUAUCCCACCGCACCCGCCUACUCUCGACAGACGAGUAACACCUCCUCCAUCAUGAGCGGAUCUGCUGCAGCAGGUAGCGAGAAUUGGGAAACCUACACAGACAACUCGGAUGUCGACGAAGCGGACGCCGACCACGCGUACUAUGCCAAACAGCAGGCGCAGCAGAGUGUGAUGCGUGUCGGCCAGGGUGGUCCUCAGAAGAGACCCGGGACGGCGAGUGGAGGGCUGGGAAUGGUGAAGAGGGUGCGGGAACAGGCUAUUGUCGAAGAGGGCCAAGGGAAUGGGAGGUAUGUGGUUGAUGGAAGCGAGGCGAAUUGGACGGAUGACGGAGAGGUCGGGGAGACGUUUUGA